AUUUGUCAGCUGACCAAACGAUUUGUCUUGUAUUUGGUGCUGCGUGUGUGCACAAAUUUUUUUCGUGAAAUUGUAUUGGAAAAUCAGUUGAAAAAGUAUAAAAAAUGUCAGGCAAAGACAGGCUACCGAUUUUCCCAUCUCGUGGUGCACAGAUGUUGAUGAAGGCACGUCUGGCUGGUGCACAAAAGGGUCAUGGUUUGCUCAAGAAGAAGGCUGAUGCCCUGCAAAUGCGUUUCCGUAUGAUUUUGGGUAAAAUUAUUGAGACCAAAACUCUUAUGGGAGACGUUAUGAAGGAGGCUGCCUUCUCACUUGCCGAAGCCAAGUUCACCACUGGCGAUUUCAAUCAAGUUGUAUUGCAGAAUGUGACCAAAGCACAAAUCAAGAUCCGUACAAAGAAAGACAACGUCGCUGGUGUAACGUUGCCCGUAUUCGAAUCAUAUCAGGACGGCGCUGACACAUACGAAUUGGCUGGUCUGGCUCGUGGUGGUCAACAAUUGGCCAAAUUGAAGAAGAAUUAUCAGAGCGCAGUGAAACUCUUGGUCGAAUUGGCAUCACUGCAGACAUCGUUCGUCACACUGGAUGAGGUUAUUAAAAUCACAAACAGAAGAGUUAACGCCAUUGAGCAUGUCAUCAUUCCACGUAUCGAUCGUACACUCGCUUACAUCAUCUCCGAAUUGGAUGAGUUGGAGCGUGAGGAAUUCUACCGUUUGAAGAAGAUUCAAGAUAAGAAGCGCAUUGCGCGUAAGAAGGCCGAGGCACUCAAAGCGGAAUUGCUACAACAAGGCAUAGAUGUGCGCCAACAGGCCAAUAUUUUGGACGAAGGCGAUGAUGAUGUGCUCUUCUAAGCCAUAUAUAAACAUAUAGAGCCAGUCAUCCAAAUGCGUAAAGCAAAAUAUAUAUAUAUAUAUCUUAGCGUUCGUAAACGAGUGCAACGCAUUAUUUAAUGUGUAUAUAUUUGCUAUUUUGUUUUUUGUUUUGAAAACUACUAACUACUUAGCUAAAAUGUAUACAAAAAUAAAUUAAAUGUUACAGUUUCAACAGUAUUCAUGCAACUUUAUAAAAACAAAAAAAAAACGAAAAUGCCAAACAAGUUUUUCGCCACUACACAAACAAUACUGUUCAACACAUACACACACAAACAAACAAAAGCAGCGUUUUAUAAUUUUUUGCGUUAUUAAGACAACAACAAAAGGCGCAUAUGUAAAUUCUGUAUUCCAUUUAUAAAUAUUCAUCAGCUACGGUAAUGUUAAUAUUGAUUGUAUUGUACCAAAUUUGAUGUUUUGUGUAAUUAUCUUGUUAUUAGAUGUGAUUCUUUUAAUUUCUACAAAUUUAGUUAAACAUAAAUAAAAAAGAAACAACAACGUUAACACGUUGAAAUGCAAUAAAAUGUCUGCUAAAAAGUGUAAGCGUGUUAAAAAUGCGCUAAAGAUUUAGACGGUGUUAUAAAUAAAUCGCAAUAAUUGCAUUAGAAUUUAUUUAAA